AUGCAAACAAUCCUUGCAGGCUGUGCCGCCUGGUGGGCUGCCAACUACGUUAUCAAGGAGGCAUGUCAUACUUCCGCUCUGAAGGGAGAUGAAUGGAUCUCGGAACUUCUCCUCGGCAAUCCUCGGCGCUUCCGCAACCAGCUCCGCAUGUUGCCAAGUACCUUCAUGAUGCUCCUGAAAAUGCUUCAAACGAAGUACUCAUUGAAGUCAAGCCGCUUUGUCUCUGCGAGAGAGAAGCUUGCAACUUUCCUCUACGUGGUGGGACAAGCAAACUCGAAUCGUGGGGCGCAGGAACGAUUCCAGCGCAGCGGUUGGACUAUCACGCAAUCGAUCAAUGAGGUGCUGGAUGCGCUACUGCGGCUAUAUGCUGUAGUCGUGACACUUCCCAGCAAGGACAUACCUUACGAAAUCCACUCCAAUCCCAAGAUGUUUCCGUUUUUCGAGUAUUGCAUCGGCGCAUUGGAUGGAACGCACGUCCGUGCAACGCCUCCUCCAAGUGCCCGAAUGGCGUUUCGUAAUCGCAAAGGAUUCAUGAGCCAAAACGUACUUGCGGCAUGCACGUUUGACCUUCGCUUCGUGUACGUUUUGGCGGGUUGGGAAGGGUCUGCGUCGGAUGCUCGUGUCCUGAACGAUGCUCUCAUGACAAAGGGAUUCUCCAUCCCGGAUGGGAAGAUGUAUCUUGGCGAUGCUUGGUACGGACUGCGCAAAAAUUUGUUAACACCCUACCGUGGCGUUCGCUAUCAUCUCCGGGAGUGGGCGAACGGGAAUCAGCGUCCUCAAAACGCCAAAGAGCUUUACAACCUUCGUCACGCACAGCAACGAAAUUGCAUUGAACGCAUUUUCGGGGUCUUGAAAAAGCGAUUCAAGGUUCUUGAGUAUCCAUCGGAAUACCCCUUUGCUACACAAGUCAACUUGGUGUAUGCGUUGUGCGCGAUGCAUAAUAUCAUCAUGGAGGUGGAGAGUGACUCUCACUUCCUCCAAAAAGCCGACGAAGCCAAGCGAAAGCGAGACAAGAAGUAUCAGCAGCGCAUGACACGCAGUAGAAGUCGACGACCACGCCGAUCUGUACCGCCGUCUGAUGACUGUACGGCCGAAGCUAGUGUCUUGAGGGAUUCUAUUGCGAAUGCCAUGUGGCAGCAAUAUACCAGCACUUUGCAAGCUAGACAAUAA